UUCCGGCGCGCUCGGACGCCGGCCCCGUUAACCGGCUGCGUGGGUCCCGGGCGCCAUGGCUUCCGUGGGGGUGUCUGUCGGCCGGCAGGCCGAGGAUGCGCUGCAGCCACCCGCAGAGCCGCCGCUGCCCGAGACGAAGCCGCUGCCGCCUCCGCAGCCGCCGCCGCCGGUCUCCGCGCCGCAGCCGCAACCGCCGCCGAGGCCUCCGUCCCCGGCCGGCGUGAAGGCGGAGGAGAACUGCUCCUUCCUCCCCCUGGUUCACAACAUCAUCAAAUGCAUGGACAAGGACAGCCCUGAUGUCCACCAGGACCUGAACGCCCUCAGGACCAAGUUCCAGGAGAUGCGCAAGGUGGUCAGCGCCAUGCCUGGCAUCCACCUGAGCCCCGAGCGGCAGCAGCAGCAGCUGCACCGCCUCCGCGAGCAGGUCCGGACCAAGAACGAGCUCCUGCAGAAGUACAAGAGCCUGUGCAUGUUCGAGAUCCCCAAGGAGUAGAUGCGCUGGCCUCCGGGACGAGGCGGGCACGGGCCCCCUGUCUUCCAGCGCUGUGGAGGGCGUCUCUGGUACCGCCUGCUUAGCUGAACGUGGCCCUGACUGCGGAGCCGGUGUGCGUGCUGGCUUCCCCGGGCGUCCUUGUGUACUGUCCCCACGGUCCAGAUGCAUAAUGACUGUGUUCCUGCUGCCAGAAGGAGGAGGGCUCCUGAGGCCGGAGGGGCAGGGCCACGGCCCGGCCUUCAGGCUGGGCUGGCAGAUCCCGGGGCAAAGCAGGAAGGGAGGUGGCUGCCCUCCACCCCUCCCCUCCGCUCCCGGCACAGGUGUUGGAUAUCCAGGUAGCCAGUGUUGAGUGAGCAGUAGGGUGUGUGGAGUCCACUGGACAGUUAGGCCUGCACUCACAUGGCGAGGGUUUAGGAUAGAAAAAGGCCUUGGGAGAACGGCACUGUGCCUAAAGACUUGAGGGUGGCUUUUUGCUCUGGAAUAGUUUCCUUCUGCGUUUGAGGGGUGGGUGUCACUGUCCGUGGGCUGCCCACCGAGGGCCCUGCCGGCAGCCCCGCCUCCAGGUUUCUGCCUCCCACGUGUGGGUGGGUGGCAGAGACUCUUGAUCCUCUGUCCCUUGUCACCUUCAGGUAGCCCGUUCAGCCAUUUCAUGCCCAAGAAUGGCCAGACCGCCUCAGACCACGUGGUCUCACCGGCCAUGGUCUCCAGGUGAACAGACCCCUCUUCCAGCUUCUCAGAGUCCUGUUCCUGGUUUAGCCAUGACUUCCCCUCUGGCCUGCUCACUGCGUGCAAACAGGCGGUCAUGAUGUGCUUUCCGCUCAGAGCCACGGUUCUGAUGGCCCCUUGGGGUGGGGAGAACUGCACCUGGCAGUCAUGCGGCCAAGGCCUGGUUCAUAGAUGCUUAUAAACACCUUUGUUUCACCUAGACAGACUUUGUGUUAGUGUGACCAGACUGAGAUAAGAGCAUCUCUUUACUUCGCCUCUGAAGGAUGCAGGACAGGUGGCUGAAUAUCAUUUAGAUCCAGAAACGGGCUCAUAACCUGUGCUGACCGAGUCGGGGGCUUAACAGCUGCCUGCCAGUUGCCAGGAAUGUAGGUUGAAGAUGUUUUGAGCAGGGGUUCUGUCCGUGUCUGCCGAUGGCCACCUGUCAGGUGUGCAGGGGGGGUGUCAGGUUUCAGCGGCCUUGGCCAGAGGCGCAGGCUCUGAAUUUAAGUGGGUGUCACCUGUUAGACCAGCUCUACCAUGGGGCUGUUAUCAACUGAAUCAGUUUUCUUGACGUUUCAGAGUAGUGUGUGGGCCGGUUUUAAGGCUCCAACCAAAUACUAUGGGACACGAAGCUCAGAAAUAAAUACCAGGCGGCCGGGCUCUCCCGGAGGGCUACGGUGGACACAGGGUCCUCAUGGGCCUCUCCUGUGCUCCAGAGUUGUGACUUGUGACACUUUUCAAGCGUGUGAUUAAAAGAACUUGUGCUCUGCUGUAGGGACGUUUUGGGUUUGUACUGAGAAAUUCACAGUAGGACAUCCCCUUUGGAUAGUUGAGAGGAAAACCUCUGCUUUGCUUGGAGGAGACAAGGAACCGUGGGCACCUCCACUCUGUGCCCCCACGCCAGCCCCCAGCACAC